AACAAGAAAAUUAUAAAUUUAUAAGAGAAUGGGAUAGAUUGGAACAUUCCUGCGUAACCUGCCAGUGAAAUUCACCGGAAGAAAUACUGAAAUAAUGACCUCUAGCGGCAAGAAGAAUGUCAAUGUAGCGGUACGAUGUCGACCCUUUAAUGAAAGUGAAAAGGCUAAGGCAUCCACAAGAAUAAUAAAGAUAAAUGGAGAGAAAGUAGUUAUACAUAAUCCUGGAAAUACUGCAGGCACAAAGGAACAUAUUUUCACUUUUGACAACAAUUACUUUUGGGAUACAAAAAAUGAACAGAUCUUUAAAGAUAUCGGAAUUCCAGCAGUUACGAAUAUUGUCAAUGGAAUUAAUUCCACGUUGGUCAUUUAUGGGCAGAAAUAUUCUGGAAAAGAAUUUACAUUUGCUGGUGGUCAUGAUGAUGUUGGAAUAGUUCCUAUGAUUUGCAAAGAAUUGUUUAGAUUGAUCGACGAAUCAGCUUCAAAUAUCCAGUUUUUUACAACAGUCUCGUAUGCAGAGGUUUAUCAGGAUAUUCUUCAUGAUCUUUUGAAUCCCAGUGGUCAGGAUUUAAAAGUUAGCAAAAAUGCUCAGCUUGGAGUCUUUGUUGAUGGUUUGUCUGAACUCGUUUGCGUCAAUGGUGAGGACAUGCAAGAACUUUUUGAACAAGGCAACAGAGUUAAUAAGAUUCUGUCAAAUCAAGAGCAAAACAACGACUUUAGGCGAGGCAGUUUAGUGUUCAGUAUUGAUAUCCAGAAAAAAGAUCUCAGUAAACCAGAUCACCAAGGAUUGAAAGCAAAGCUAACAAUUGUCAAUUUAGCAGACUCUGAUCAUUUUCCUGAAAGUCUUGAGAAACAUCAAGAUUCCAGCUCCAUCGAGAAAAGCAUAAAUUCAUUGACGAAUGUCAUUUCAACAAUAUCAGAAUCAAAUCGUGCAAAUCAGGUUGUUUAUGAUCAAUCGAAACUAACCAGUCUCCUUCAGGAAUCUUUUGGCGGAAAUUGUCAAACAUUUUUCAUCGCUGCGGUAUCACCAGCAGACGCUGAUUUCCAUGAGACAUUGUCUACAUUACAAAUUGCAUCUAAAGUAAGAAAUAUACAGAACAGUAUCACCAAAAACAAGAUUGAUAACAUUGAAGUGAUUGAAGAACUUCGAGCAGAAAUCUCACGUCUUCGUGAUAAAUUAAUUGAUAAGAAGUUCACUAAAAGUCCAGAAAGAGAUGAUGUUUUACAAAUGGAGGAAAAGGUUCGAGAGCUGCAAGUGGCGAAGAGACAGACUUGGGAAGAAAAAGAGCGACUUUCACAUCGAUACGAGGAGGAAAGACGAAUUAACUUAGCAAACAAGGGUAUUCUUGGUUGGGUAUUUGACUCGAUAAAGAAAGAGAAUAAAGAGAUUCAAGAAAAGCUCGCUUUACUGCGAAAGGAAAAGGAUCAGUUGAUGAUUGAGUACAAGGAAAGACGACGAAUUGUCGACGAAAUGAAGGAUGAACUACAAAUUAAAAUUACUGAAUAUUCAAAACUAGUUGAGUCAGGUAAAAAUAAAGAGGAAGAAAGUAAAAACAAAAUAUCGGAAAUCCAGGAAAUGAAAGAAAGAUUGAAACAGGAAAAUGAUAAUCUUAAGAGAAUUAAACACCAACUGAAGGAAAAUCAGGAGAAACAAAAAAUCGAGAAAGAAGAAGCAAAGAGUCAAACAUCGUUUUUAAAGGGAAACACAGAACUUCGCCAGCGCCUUCAGAGUGAACAGAGAGACCGAUACGAGAAAGACAAUGCAGCCACUUUGGUUGAAGAAGCUGAUAGAAUUAAAAUGGAGAGUGAACAAGAAAAGGCAGACUUACAGUUAAAAGGUGCUGAAGGGACAGUAUAUAGCACAGAAAAUGGCGUCAAACUUGAAAUGGAAAUUGUCGAAUUAAAGGCAGAAAGGGCUGUAAUGUCUCUAAAGAUCCAGGCUCUUGAAAAUGAAAAGAAAAGAUUACAAAGCGAUCUCGAGCUUGCUUAUAAGCAACACAAAGAAGAAACGGAAAUACAACAGUUGCAGAACUUUCAGACCUUCAGAAACUAUCGUGAUGUCUUUGAAGAACAAAAGUUAGCAAUUGAACAACGAUAUCGAUCAUUGCUCGAAGAAGCCAUACAAGAUGCGGUUUUUCUCUCUGCGACAAAUCAAGAUCUUAUGUUUGAAAAUCAGCAGUUAAAACUAGAUAUGGCGGAGAUAAAAGACAAGCUAACAGUUUCAGGACUCAGGAUUGAUUCUCCUGAUGUAUUGGCUACAUAAAACUGAACUUGGAUUUGUAUUCCCUUCUUGCGUAAUACGAUUACAUGCAUGCAUAUAUUAUAGUAUAAAAAUAACGUGAAACGUGACUGCAUGGUAAUCAGUCAUUCAUUAUCUUCAUUCAUCUUUUGAAAAUAAUAUUUCGCACCGGCAAGGAAUAUACUCAUGUAAUAUUUAGCACGAGUAGAGAAGAAAUAUUAGGGUCUUCAUUACUCUUUAGAUUAUUUACUUACUUACAUCAUAGCUGUAGUACUUCUAUACGGUUAGUCAUGUCAUAAGUUAACUUAGUUUUAAACGUGUGGGUAAUGUAACUCCUUGUAUUCAUGUAAAUACAGAAUAAAAUAGAAUCUACCACUGCAUAUGGUACAAAAGUAUCCACUGUUUUAUACUUUGUACAUAUUAUUUAGUCGUUGUGAUCUUGUAUUGUGAUCUUGCACGAAAUAAAUAAAACAAUAG